AUGGAAGGUCUCAUUCCAAUGGUUUACAGGAGCAUCAAGAAAAGCACGUCUCGGCGCCACUACGAACAUCUGGGCUCAGGUACUAGCACUGCACCAGCAGCACAAAGCUACAACAUUGCUGAUUUUUAUGCCAAUGGUGAUGAUCAGGACUACGUGAUGAUGAAGGGACGAUAUGCUGCUGCUGAUCAUCAUCAUCAUCAUGAGAAGAAGGUUGAUGAUGAUGGCGGCUUCGGUAUUAUUUAUGAAGAGAAAGUUAAGGGACACCAAGACUUCCGCCACCGGCGCUACAAGUCCUUCAGCGUUGAUUAUAGGGGCGGCAGUUUUACACCGGAGAAUAGAACAGGAACAGGAGCAGGAGCAGCCCAGUCCAAGAAACUAGUGCGUUUCAGGAGCCAUAGAUUCUUCUCCUGCGUGACGGGUGCAUAA